AUGCGUCCCACCCACUUCACCGCACUUGUUCUGUUUUUGUCCCAGUUGUACUUCGGAACUGCACUCCCAACGAACAGACAUGAGUUGAUCGCGAAACGCGGAGAUUUGACUGAGCCCGUCGUAAAUCGGGCUGUUGCUCCCAGUGUUGAUUUUUACCCUCGUGGUGGUGCUGAUGAUUUGGACACACGAGAGCUGGAGGAGUUCUGGCUCAUCGCACGCGGGCCUAAGCCACGCCCAUUGCCCGUUCCUCCCCCUCCUCCUCCUCCCCCUCGGCCCUUGCCCCCUGUUCCAGUUCAAAACCCCGUCCAGGCGCCUGCCCCUAGACCUGCAUAUGCAAGUCGCCCUCUUCCACUUGCAAAGGGCAAGGCAAAGGUACGAAAUUGGCCGAGGCGGAUACUAGAUUGAUGUAACUUGGAACGUGAAUAGAGUGGUGUGUCGGGUAUAAAAAACAAUGAAUAAAACAGAUGUUUGAUUAACUGCACUCC